AGCCGAAGAUGUCGGCUCGGUCAUGUGAUCAGCUGUGUCCAAUCACAGCUGAUCACAUGGGACAUGUACACUGAUCAUCAGGGCACUGAUGAUCAGUGUACCCUGAUGAUCAGUGUGGCCCCAGAAGUGCCAUCUGUCAGUGCUCAUCAGUGCCACGUGCCAAUGCCCAUCAGUGCCACAUGCCAGUGCCCAUCAGUGCCGCAUACCAGUGCACAUCAAUGCCACAUAUCAGUGCCCAUCUGAGCUGCCUUUCAAUGUCACCCAUCAGUGACAGUCAGUGCCACCUAUCAUUGCCAAUCAGUGCCACUUUUCAGUGCUGCCAAACAGUGCCACCUAUCAGUGCCAGUCAGUGUCUCCUAUCAGUGCGCAUCAGUGCCAGUCAG